CGGGGUGCAAGCGUCCCUUGCCUUCUCGCCUUUUAUCCCCCAAUCCCCACCCCGGGGCAUUCUAGCUGUAGAUCCUAGGAGCAAGGACCAGGGAGGGGACCAGGGCGGGGACCCAGGCGGGACCAAGGCGCGCCCAGCUCUGUGCCCCGCCCGCCACGUCUCCUCCGGGCCAUGCCACCGAGGCCGCCCCCUCGCGGGCAGCGCGGGCGCCGGGUGCUCGUUCUCGGCGGCGGCGGCGGCAGCGGCGGCGGCGGCGGGCCCGGGUUGCCAUGGUGACCGGCGGCAGCCACAGCAGGGCCGGCCCCAGCGCCAGCGCCGCGGCGGCUCGGCAGGGCGCAGUGUGUGGGUGAGCGCGGCCGGAGCGGGCGCGGCCCGGCCUCAGCAUGGAGGACGGCUUCUCCAGCUACAGCAGCCUGUACGACACCUCCUCGCUGCUGCAGUUCUGCAACGAUGACAGCGCAUCUGCUGCCAGCAGUAUGGAGGUAUCAGAUCGCAUUGCCUCUCUGGAGCAGCGCGUCCAGAUGCAGGAGGAUGACAUUCAGCUGCUCAAGUCAGCGCUGGCCGACGUGGUUCGGAGGCUGAACAUCACGGAGGAGCAACAGGCCGUGCUUAACCGGAAAGGACCUACCAAAGCGAGACCACUGGGGCAGACCCUGCCGUUAAGAACCACCGUCAACAAUGGCACCGUGUUACCAAAGAAACCCAGUGCCUCCCUCCCAUCCCCCUCGGGGUCCAGGAAAGAAACGGUUGUGCCGGUAACCAAAAGCAUCAAUAGGACCAGCUCUUCGGAACGUGUGUCUCCAGGCGGCCGGAGGGAGAGCUCCGGGGACUCCAAAGGAAGCCGGAACCGCACGGGUUCUACCAGCAGCUCCUCCAGUGGCAAGAAGAACAGUGAGAGCAAACCCAAGGAGCCUGUAUUCAGUCCAGCCCUUCAGUCUCCGAAACCCCAAGGGAAGCGCCGGGUGACACACUGCAAAGAAGAGGGAUAUGUAAAAAUGUUUCUCCGAGGCCGCCCCGUCACCAUGUACAUGCCCAAAGACCAAGUGGACUCCUACAGUUUGGAAGCAAAAGCUGAAUUACCAGCGAAGCGGCUGAAGCUGGAGUGGGUCUACGGGUACCGGGGGCGAGACUGUCGCAAUAACUUGUAUUUGCUUCCGACCGGGGAGACCGUGUACUUCAUUGCAUCUGUUGUGGUGCUUUAUAACGUGGAGGAACAGCUGCAGAGGCAUUACGCGGGCCACAAUGACGACGUCAAGUGCCUAGCGGUCCAUCCUGACAGGAUCACCAUAGCAACAGGACAAGUGGCGGGCACAUCUAAAGACGGAAAGCAACUGCCGCCACAUGUGCGCAUCUGGGACUCUGUGACACUGAACACUCUGCAUGUCAUCGGAAUAGGCUUUUUUGACCGGGCUGUCACCUGCAUCGCAUUCUCAAAAUCUAACGGAGGAAGCCACCUCUGUGCUGUGGAUGACUCCAACGACCAUGUGCUGUCUGUGUGGGAUUGGCAGAAAGAAGAGAGACUGGCCGACGUGAAGUGUUCGAACGAAGCAGUAUUUGCUGCGGACUUCCACCCCACAGACACCAAUAUCAUCGUCACCUGCGGGAAGUCACAUCUCUACUUUUGGACGCUGGAAGGAAAUUCCCUUAACAAGAAGCAAGGGUUGUUUGAGAAACAAGAGAAGCCAAAGUUUGUCCUUUGCGUGACGUUUUCUGAAAACGGUGACACCAUUACGGGAGAUUCAAGUGGCAACAUAUUGGUGUGGGGAAAAGGUACAAAUCGGAUAAGCUAUGCAGUUCAAGGGGCCCACGAGGGCGGCAUUUUUGCACUUUGUAUGCUGAGAGACGGCACGCUGGUGUCCGGAGGAGGGAAGGACCGACGGCUCAUUUCCUGGAACGGAAAUUAUCAAAAACUUCACAAAGCAGAGAUCCCUGAGCAGUUUGGCCCAAUACGGACAGUGGCUGAGGGGAAGGGCAAUGUUAUCUUAAUAGGAACUACUAGAAACUUUGUCCUGCAAGGCACCUUGUCAGGGGACUUCACACCCAUCACUCAGGGUCAUACGGAUGAGCUUUGGGGGUUGGCCAUCCAUGCCUCCAAACCUCAGUUCUUGACCUGUGGACAUGACAAGCACGCCACUCUCUGGGACGCUGUUGGUCACCGGCCAGUCUGGGACAAAAUCAUAGAGGAUCCAGCUCAGUCCUCUGGUUUUCAUCCUUCAGGGUCUGUGGUUGCAGUUGGGACACUGACUGGGAGGUGGUUUGUGUUCGACACGGAAACAAAGGACUUGGUCACCGUCCACACGGAUGGAAAUGAGCAGCUGUCUGUGAUGCGGUAUUCUCCAGAUGGGAACUUCUUAGCAAUCGGCUCCCACGACAACUGCAUCUAUAUAUACGGAGUUGCGGACAACGGGAGGAAGUACACGCGGGUCGGCAAGUGUUCCGGCCAUUCCAGCUUCAUCACUCACUUGGACUGGUCCGUGAAUUCCCAAUUCCUGGUGUCAAAUUCUGGCGACUACGAGAUCCUCUACUGGGUUCCGUCUGCCUGUAAGCAAGUCGUGAGUGUGGAAGCCACACGGGACAUCGAGUGGGCCACCUACACCUGCACCUUGGGAUUCCAUGUCUUUGGGGUAUGGCCAGAGGGCUCCGAUGGAACAGACAUCAACGCCGUCUGCCGGGCCCACGAGAAGAAGCUCCUGUCCACAGGCGAUGACUUCGGCAAAGUGCAUCUCUUCUCGUACCCGUGCUCCCAGUUCAGGGCUCCAAGCCACAUCUACAGUGGACAUAGCAGCCACGUCACCAACGUGGACUUCCUCUGUGAAGACAGCCACCUUAUCUCUACGGGUGGGAAAGACACAAGCAUCAUGCAGUGGCGGGUCAUUUAGUCCCCGUGGGAUCCCGAGGAGACAGACUCACGUCCCGCUUGGUCACUGUGAUUUCUGUUUUGUCUACAGACUCUUAACAAACCUCAGGAAAACUGUCCCUCUACCAGUUACCUUAGUUGGGGAGCCAGUGCGUGUCAUACCAGAUAAGCAGUUUUGCGUCCACUUUUGUUAUAUAGGGCAGGAUAGAAUGCAUGUUGGGUAAAGGAAGUUCCCAAGGUUUACACGGCAUCAACAGAAGGGACUGGUGUAUCCUUAUAGACACUUUUCUAUGAACUCUUCAAAAAUGGUCACAGAAUGCCUUUUAAAAUAUUGUAUAUAGUCUUCACUGCUUCACCUUGCUAAGUCAGAUAUUUAUGAUAAUGAAGUAUGGAACUGGGGUCAUUGUUGACUAAAAGGUCCUAAAAGGAUAAAUUACGUAACUGAUUUGCCCAGCUGAAUCAGGAAUGCAAAUGCCAGACUUUCCUUGGCCAUGUAACUAAAAUCCCAUUAACUCCUCCCUCUGGGAGGCUGGCAAGAAAGGUACUGUAUUCUCCCUGGUUAAGCAGUUUGUACUACAGAACCCCUGAGCUUCCAUGGGUGUAUAGGUGCUUCCACGCUCUGGUUAGACUGUCUUGCCUGGGGACACAGCCAGUUUCUUCAGCACCUCCACAAACUGCACCCCAAUUCUGUUCCUGCGCCCUGAUUCAUGGCGAGACAUUUAGCCACCACCCUCUGUGUAUUAACGGCAUGAUAUGGUAUUGUCCUCAUAUAGGGUUUAACAACUUAAGAUAAAAUGCCCAAGGCUGAGCCUUGCUGUGUGUGCUCUGGACACUACAUUUGUACCCAAUCGAGCAGGUCAAGAUGGAGAGGGGCUCUCUUCAGAGUGCAGCACCUCUGAGGCUCUGGGUGUAAGAUGGUUUCCUUCCCUGACUUUUGUGCUCAGACAGCACUCAGCAUACAGGCCAAAACUGUGCUCUGACAGUAGAACAUAGGCAUCCGAAGGUGUCAAGAAGGCCUUACCCUUUGUGUGGCAGAUUGAAUUGAUUGUUUACACUGGGGACUGUAUCUCGGAUUUUUAAAGAGAGGAAUCACAAACAGACUUAAGGACAGAUGCUGAGAUUUCUUUUUGUAAACUUGUUUAAGCAAGUGAGUGAGUUGAGUUGUCUGAACUCUAUAGCGCUGGUUGUUUACGCUGAUGAAGGAUGACAUUGAAGACGUUUCCCUUGCCAUCUCUAGCCUGCCGUGAAGGGACAGGGUGCCAGAAAAUCACGUGACUCGAGAUGAAGCUGUUUGUAUGUAUCCUUCUCAAAUAUAUUCUAUAAGGAAAUAAAAUCUGAAAAGUGCAUUUCUUACUGA